CAAGUAAAAGCAGCUUCUCUGAAUCCUCCAUGACUUGUAAAUGAAAUCCUCCUCACUGAAAUCUCAGAUGAGUUAUUUUGCGUGUUCGGGUUUAGCUGUCGUAUCUGUGGAGGGAGGAGAGAGAGAGAGAGAAGAUGCAGCGGAGGAGUACUUGUUCUCACUGUCUGCAAACCACAGACGUUCAGUGUUUUAAUCUUGAGCACCUGGAGAGAUUUUAUUUCAGAGCGCUGAACUGUUGGGGAAAAUGGUCGACAGAUUCGUUUUGUCCUGUUUGUGCUGUUGCUGUCUGGUUGGUGUGCUUGCUGAUUCAAACGCGGUGAAGUCGGUGCCAGUGACGGAGGGAGAUUCAGUCACUCUAAACCCUGAUCUUAGCGUUAAACAAUCUGACAAUCUGAUCAUGUGGAACUUUAAAACUAAUGGGUAUCUUAUUGCAAAAAUCACCUCCAACCAUACCUCGAUAAUAGAUGAUGUUCUUGACGGGAUAUUCAGAGACAGACUGAAGCUGGAUCAUCAAACUGGAUCUCUGACCAUCACAGACAUCACAACUCAACACACUGGAGUUUAUCAAGUAACCAUCAGCAGCAAGACAAAGUCUGUUUAUAGAUUUAAUGUUACUGUCUAUGCUCGUCUCCCCGUUCCUGUCAUUAUAAGUGACUCUCCACAAAAUUCAUCUUCUUCAUCCUCAUCACAGCAGAAUUGUUCAUUGUUGUGUUCAGUGGUGAAUGUGGGUCAUGUGACUCUCUCCUGGUACAAAGGAAACAGUUUAUUGUCCAGCAUCAGUGUGUCUGAUCUCAACAACAGUCUGUCUUUACGUCUGCGGUGUCUGGAUGAUUCCUACAGCUGUAUGGUGAGCAAUCCCAUCAACAACCGGACUAAAUAUGUCAACGUCACUGAUCUCUGUCGGCCAUGUUCAGAUUGUGCCUUCUGUUGUCAUGCUUCUGAAGCUCUCGCCCGAUUGGCUCUCUCCGUUGUGGUGGGCGUGGCUACUGUCGCUAUUGUAUUUUAUGACAUCAUCACAUCCAGGAAAGGUGUAAACGAGAGACAUCAUGACUUACAAUAUAAAACAGCUUCAUGAUAAUUCAGUGUAAAUCCAUUAUCAUUAUAUUUUUUUUUUCUUGUUUUUAUGCAUUCCUUUGGCUUGGGUAGAUUUUAUAUUCAUUUUGUUUAGUGUGAUAUGGAAUGUUCAAAAUUUCAGUUAAACUGUGUUUUUUAUUUGUUCAUUGCAAUUUGUGUCUAUAUGUGUGGCAAUUAAUAAAAACUUGGCAUUUAAAAACAA